GAUAUACUACAUUCGCUCUCGCGAGAUUUUUUUUGACACUGAGGUUAGUAAUUUCUUUUUUGAAAAAUUCAGUUGUCAGAAGUGACUGGAAAUUACUACAAAACCAACGCACCUGCUCAUAUCCAAUAUUAUUAAUAGUAAACAGACAUAAAAAUAACAUAAACCUUACGCCAAUCAAUAUUUAUUUAUUUAAACCAUUAUAAUGUAUUGAUAGCAAAUGAGAAAAUUAUUUAUUGUACAAAAUAAAAAUAUUUUGUAGAAAUAAACUUCACAAAAUUUUAUGAGAUUAGUAGACACUCCCACUAUUUCUAAUAAUUCUUCUUUUUUUAAUGAAAGAUUAAGUUGAUUUGAGUUGAUUUUAGCAGUUAAUAGUGUGAGGUAGGAAUUUUUGUGUUGUACGUUUCCUAUUCCGGAUGUCUCAAAAAAAAUCUCGCGAGAGCGAAUGUAGUAUAGUUUGCCUCCCAGCGUUUUCAUAAACAUCAAAGUGUUGGAAUGCCCUAUAUUCCUUGGAGGCGGUUUUAACAAAUGACACUUGACACAAUGACACAUGCACAAUGCACAUGACGUUUGUGGUGGUCAUGUUUGACAAUAAAAAAUUUAUAAUAUAAUAAUAUUAUAUUUUUUAUUAUCAUUUAUAAUAAAUAUGAUUGUGGUGUUUGAGUGUAAACAUGAUAUGAGUGAAAAAAGUAUAUAAAAUCAAGUUUAACAAUAUGGAAAUAUCACAAAUUAGUGAAAAAUCAUGUAAAAUAGAAACGGGGGUUUCUCUUCUGGAUUCCAUGAAAAUUGAAAUAAAGAAAGAACCUAAGAGGGAAAGUUCUGAUGAUGAAUUUGUUUAUUCAGAUUUAAAAGAGUUCCAGGUAAAGACUGAAAUUGAACAAGACGAACAUAAAUUUGCACUAUUUGAAGAAAAACAAGUAAAUGAAGAAAGUUUCCUCCAAGAGGAGGUCCAAAUGCAGACUAUGGGACCAUUAAUUAAACCUUCGUAUCAUAUAGGAAACGAUGAGGGGGAAACAUCGAACAAAAAUAUAGAAGUUCAGACCGGACAAGCAAUUUACAAGUGUGAAAUUUGUUUUAAGCAAUUUACUCGAAUCUACAGUUUGAAAAUUCAUUCGAGAGUGCACAGUGGAGAAAAGCCAUAUAAGCCUUAUAAGUGUGGAAUUUGUUUGAAGCAGUUUACUCGUAAAUCUCAUUUAGAUUCACAUACGAAAAUUCACACUGGAGAAAAACCAUACGAGUGUGAAAUUUGUUUUAAGCAAUUUACUGAGGCACAUAAUUUGAAAACACAUAUGAGAGUGCACACUGGAGAAAAGCCUUACAAGUGUGAAUUUUGUUUUAAGCAGUUUACUCACAAAAUUUCAUUAGAUACGCAUACAAAAAUUCACACUGGAGAAAAACCGCACAAGUGUGAAAUUUGUUUUAGGCCGUUUUCCCAGGCAGGUCAUUUGAAAGAACAUACGAUGUUACACACUGCAGAUAACCCUUACAAGUGUGAAAUUUGUUUUAAGCAGUUCACCCAUAAAGCUAGUUUAGAUUAUCAUAAGAAUAUUCACACUGGUGAAAAACCGUACAAGUGUGGAAUUUGUUUUAGGCAGUUUUCUCAUAAACCUAGUUUAUAUUAUCAUAAGAAAAUUCACACUGAUGAAAAGCCCUACAAGUGUGAUAUUUGUUUAAAGAAAUUUAGUGAUGCGAGAACUUUUAAAACACACUUGAGAGUGCACACUGGAGAAAAACCGUACCAGUGUGAAACUUGUCUUAAGCAGUUUAACCAAGCAAGUCAUUUAAAAUCCCAUUUGAGACUACACACUGGAGAAAAACCGUACAAGUGUGAAAUUUGUUUUAAGUGCUUUUCUAAUCCAAGUAAUUUUAAAAGACAUUGUGUGACAGUACACUCAGGAGAAAACACAGUGUAAAUUUUGUUUAACAGGUUUUUCUCAUCGAAAUUAUUUUAAAAAACAUCUGAUAGCCCGCCGAGAUGGCGGUACAGCCGGUACGUUUUACCAGGCCCCGGCGAUGUAAGGGGCCCGGCGUCGACCAAACCAAAGACAUAAUUUUUCCCUUUUUUUUUGCUCUUCACUUUAUUUGCAUAUUUUACAUUAAAUAAAGAGAAACAGUGCGAGAAGCGAGA